AUGAAGGGCAAGAAAGCAAUAGGACCUGACGAGGGACCAGCUGAAGUGUGUAAAGGGGCUGGAAACACCGGAGUGGCUUGGCUGAAUAACCUAUUCAACGAAAUUUUGCGUCCGCCACCUUGGUCAUUGCUUUACGCUGACGAUAGAGUUCUCAUCUCAGAAACCUUAACGGAAGUGCAAGAACAACUCAACGUAUGGCAACGGGCUUUAGAAAGCCAUGGACUUCGAGUCAACAGGGACAAAACCGAAUACAUGAUGUGUAACCUGUCUGGAGGCGCCGCUAAUAGCAAAGCAUCCGUAAUGAUUGAAAAGGAACCUUUUUUAAAACAAGUACAAGAAUUCAAAUGUCUCGGUUCAAUCGUAGCCCCAAAACAGGCAACUGAAAAAGACAUCCAGCACAGAAUAACAACCGCCUGGCUCAAAUGGAGGUCACUAUCGGGCGUGCUAUGUGACACCGGAAUGCCCAUCAAACUUAAAGGCCAAAUCUAUACACAGGCAGUCUGA